AUGACAUCAACAUCUAAAGGAAUUUUCCGGCCAUUUUUGAUCGUCUUCAUUGUUCUUGGUUGUUUCAUGGCAUUUAUACUAAUUUAUAUUAAACCAACAAGCAGCUGGAUCUCUACUCCUGUGGAAUCAGCCAGCUCAGUUUUGAAAAUGAAGAGCUUCUUUUCUUCCAAAACUGAUAAUUUUAAUGAAACUAUUAUUUUGGUUUGGCUUUGGCCGUUUGGCCAGACAUUCGAUCUAACAUCUUGCCAAAUGAUGUUCAACAUCCACGGGUGCCAUCUGACUAUUGACCGCUCAUUAUAUAACAAGUCCCACGCAGUUCUUAUUCAUCACAGGGACAUUAACUGGGAUCUGACUAAUUUACCUCAGCAAGCCAGGCCACCAUUCCAGAAAUGGAUUUGGAUGAACUUGGAAUCUCCAACUCAUACUCCACAAAAGAGUGGCAUUGAACACCUCUUUAACCUAACCCUGACUUACCGGCGUGAUUCAGAUAUUCAGGUGCCUUAUGGCUCCAUGAUGGUCGGUACAGGCUCCUUUACAUAUGAAGUGCCAAGUAAAGAAAACUUGGUUUGUUGGGUUGUAAGUAAUUGGAACCCUGAGCAUGCUCGAGUCAAGUAUUACAAUGAGCUUAGCAAAUACAUUGAAAUCCAUACCUACGGCCAAGCCUUUGGAGACUACGUCAACGAUAAAAACUUAAUUCCAACUAUCUCCAGUUGCAAAUUCUAUCUUUCAUUUGAAAAUUCAAUCCACAAAGAUUACAUUACUGAGAAACUUUACAAUGCUCUUCUGGCUGGAUCAGUGCCAGUCGUACUGGGCCCUUCCAGAGAAAACUACGAGAAUUACAUUCCAGCAGACUCUUUUAUCCAUGUGGAAGAUUUUCUAUCCCCAAGAGAUCUGGCAGAAUAUCUUCUGAUGCUUGACAAAAAUAACAAGAUGUACCUUAGUUACUUCAACUGGAAGAAGGAUUUCUCAGUGCAUCUUCCUAAAUUCUGGGAAUCGCAUGCAUGUCUUGCUUGUGAUCAUGUGAAAAGACACCAGGAAUACAAGUCGAUUGGAAAUUUAGAAAAAUGGUUUUGGAACUAA